AGCGGAGGGAGAGGAGCUGGAAGGGGCCUCCUCCGCCAUCGCCUUGCCCUGGCAGACGCUAUUUGGAAUAAGUAAGACCCUACUUUGUUCUUUGUGUCCGUCAGAUGGAAUACAGGCAAGACAAGAUCAAGUCCUAAGACCACUGAAUACAGAUGUUGAACCAGCUUUGCAUGGUGCUGUUAGUUGACUCAUUUGGGCUAUCAGCCUCCCACUCUGAGUCCCAAGCAAAGAGUAUGCUAACAAAGAUACAUGUGAAAGUUUAAUCCAUCAUUUCUACCACAUCUCUGCUGCAUGUACAUCAGUGUAAGGAAGCUGAGAGAGGUAGUUAUUAUACCAUGGGACUUCUAUUCUGUGAAGGUUGGCAUCUGGUUAUGCUUCGCCUUCCAAUGGAAGAGUUGGAUCACACUGUAAAUUGGAUUUGAUUGAAGAUCAACAAAGCCUUGAUUUUUGGAAUGACAAAUCUUUGAUAUCCAGUUGGAAGGCAGUAUGCUGUGUUAGGGCUGUAGUAAAUGUAUCUUGACUGCCUGCCAUGCACCCCACAGGGAGUGUAGACACCAACUUUUCACGUUCUGCUUUACAAACUCUCUCUCGUAGCCACUGCCGGAACAUAAAGCAAAAGAUCUCUCAGUGGGAGGGGCGGACAAAAGGGGGCUGCCAGGAGGAAAGGCCAAAACCCAAAGACUUUGGGGUCAAGUAUGGCCAUGACAGCAGAAAGAAGCCAACAGAGCUCCGACACAGCAGCGAUGAAAGAGGACUAGCAAAUGUUCAGAGUCUCGGCUUAGAUUUCCGGGAAAAUUCUCAUCUCUGUUCUGUAACGGAGGAAGAAGAUGAGAGGCUUCAAGAGGGUUCAGAGAGCCCUAGGGUUGGGCAGCUCUACAAUGGCUUUUCUUCUGAAGGAGAGGCCAGUCAGGACUGGCAAGGGGAAAGAUUGCCACCAGGGAAUUUCUAUACCUCAAGAGACCUGUGGAAACAGAUAGAAUCUUAUCCAUCUAUAGCUUUGGACUUGAAAAGGAAUUGGGAAAGCUGUAGCUCAACAGAGAAAACACUGACUGUGACUCCAACAAAGAGCUCAGAGAACAUAUACUGUGAUGUUGAGGGCCAGGAUGAGCAGCCAGCCAUCAACCCGGUACCCAAACCACGAAGGACUUUCCGUUAUCAUUCUGAGAAGGACCAUAAGGAUGGCUGUGAUGGAGAACACAUUGAGAGGAAGCCCCCCGAACACCAGUGUAAUGGUGGUUGCCCUCCAGCAACUUCCCAUGAUCCUGAGCAGAGAGUGGUCAGCCGAGGAAUCCGAGGAAGAUCCAAGAGAAAGUCAUUUGAGUUUGAGGACAUUCAAGGUUAUCGCAACCGGCUAGCAGCCAUGGAGUACCAAAAACUUCACGAGGAACUGAAUGGCACCACAAACGUCCGCCUCUAUUGCACACAGUCAGAGGACAACCUCUAUGAGGACAUUAUUGAUCCUGCUAAAGAGAACUUGUAUGAGGAUAUUAAAGUGAAGCCUCUUUGGAGGAUCCCUUCUGCUUGGAAGCUGCCUCCAUCCCGUAAUACUUUCAACCCGCCCAAGCUUGUAUUGAAGAUACAAGAUAUCUUUGACUUAAAACGAGGAAAGAAGCGAGUGAAGUUGGUGGCACAGACAGGAAGAGAAGUUUCUCUAGCCAAAGGUGAAACCAAUGGGUAUGACAGCGAACCGGAGAAUGUGCCAAAAAGUCGCCAUAAACGCCUCCUGCAGGUACAAGCUCAGUCCAAGAGGAACCCACACUAUCAGACGCUGGAACGGGACCUCAUUGAGUUCCAGGAACAGCAACUUUUUGAGCUCUUUGUGGUAGUAUCCCUACAGAAGAAACCUUCAGAAGCAACCUACACUCCUCAGAUUAUACAGCAGUUUCCUAGCAAGCCUGAUCAUCCCUUUCGGCAGCCUAAGGAUACUGAAGAGAGGCUGAAGGUCAUCCCCAAGUUCUGUUUCCCUGAUCCCAAAGACUGGUUCCCAACAUCAGAGUUAAAAAGUGAAACCUUUUCCUUUGUACUGACUGGUGAAGAUGGCAGCCGCUGGUUCGGAUAUUGUAAGAAGCUCUUGCCAGAAGGAAAAGGGAAGCGACUUCCUGAGGUAUACUGCAUGGUAAGCCGCUUAGGCUGUUUCAACCUUUUCUCUAAGAUACUAGAUGAGGUGGAGAAGAGACGAGAGAUGUCCCCAGCUCUUGUGCAUCCUUUCAUGCGCAGUGUCAUGGAGGCACCUUUCCCUGCUCCUGGGCGCACCAUCACUGUGAAGAGCUUUCUACCAGGUGCUGGAAAUGAGGUGAUUGAGCUUUGCCGCCCAUUAGACUCUCGGUUGGAGCAUGUUGACUUCGAUUGUCUCUUUAAGUGUCUCAGUGUCUCUCACUUGAUCCAAGUCUGUGCUUCCCUCCUGCUGGAAAGGAGAGUGAUCUUUGUUGCUGACAAUUUAAGCACCUUGUCCAAGUGUGGCCAUGCUGUGGUUGCAGCACUCUACCCAUUCACCUGGCAACACACCUAUAUUCCUGUUCUUCCAACAUCUAUGAUAGACAUUGUCUGCUCACCUACCCCAUUCCUUAUUGGCAUUCUCUCCUGCUCCUUAACCCAGCUCCAAGAUCUGCCUAUAGAAGAGGUACUGAUUGUUGAUCUUUGUGGUGAUAAAUUUUUGCAACAGGUGUCAGAUGAGGAUGAAAUUCUACCUCACAAGCUCCAAUCUGCACUCAUACAGAUUUUAGAAGAAAGGAACGAAAUCUUGUUUCAUGAGAGGAGUUAUACACAAGGUGAUGUGACCCUGGACUCUCUAGUAUCUGAGGCUUUUGUCCGCUUCUUUGUGGAGAUUGUGGGGCACUACUCCUUGCACAUGCAUGUCACUGACAAAGGGGAGCGAGUAUUCCAGCGAGAACCCUUCCGGAAAUCCCAUACCUCCCGCAAUGUGCGCCAUUUCCUUGAAAUCUUUAUGGAGACACAAAUGUUUGCUGGUUUCAUACAGGACAGAGAACUCCGAAAGAGUGGAGUUAAAGGUUUGUUUGAAGUCCGUGCCUUGGAAUAUUUGGAAACUAUUCCAGAAUCUGAGCCAAGUGGGAUGAACAAAAUCCUUCGUAGUCUGGGUAGCAAAAUGAAGUUUCUGCAAAAGAAGUAAGAAGACAACUUCGGAAUAGCUGCUAAGCGUGGCUUUCAGUUCCCAGUCAGCCAUGACACGGUGGCAUUUCAUUGCUUAUCAUUGUGGUAUCAGAUCAGAUUUCUGGGAUUCAGCACAAGAUUAGUUUCAAGAGACUGGAAAACGAAGUGCACCAAAUCUGAUUGGAAUUACUGUUCUUUACUUUGUCUGGUCCUACUGGAGUAUUACUGGGAGAAACUGGGUUUCCAAUUGACAAACUGGUCUGCAAAGAGGAACUUGGUUAAGUGUCUGAACUAAAUCCUUUUUUAUGCUGCUUGGCCUACAGACUUUCUCACUUCAGCCACUGUUUGAGAGUUGUUUUUUUUAUAAAAAAAAGCUUAAAGCAAUCCAAGAGCUAAGUUGAUAACUUUUAAAAAGAAGAAUGUGCCUAGAAAGAGAAAAAUAUUUCAGAAACUGUCAUACAGCAGUACAGAGAUUCUUUGCACAAGAAAAUAUUCCCUAAAACUGGAAAGGCAAACUUGUUGAAGUUCGUCCAUCCUUAUCUACAAUCCUGUAAAGUUCUCUCUGGUGUAUUGGCCUAGGUGUUCCCAUUAACUGUCUCAGCAACUAUUUUAGUGCUAUGUUACAAAGCUGUAUAUUUUGUGGAUACAGAAAUCAAAAUAAGAACAUCCCUUUGUUUGCUCUCCUUUUUUUAUAAUGUAAGACUUGGCCUUUGUUUUUGAAUAUACAUAUUUUCUGACUUUUUACAAGAUCGUCUCUACUACAUCAGGGAUAUACCUCACACAAGAGUAGUGUUUACUUUGUCAGGAAAAUGCAGUUUGCUCAUCUUUUUUUAAAAUGCAGAACUAAAAUGAGGUGAUUUAGUUUAACGUGAAAACAUUGAGAAAAAAUCAAGUGAGUUUCUUGCAACAGCAUUUUGCUGUGAAACCUGAAUGAAUUAGAAAUACACUUGUCCCUCGGCAUUUGUGGUCUUGCUAUUCGCAUCCCUUGGUCUUUCAUGAACGACAAGCACUAAGGGACAAAAUGGUGCAUGCACAGGAAUAUACGGCCAUUCAAGUCUAUGGGGCUUGAAUAUUUGCAAUUUUUCGUUUUCGUGGUGGGUGUGGAAGGGAUCCUCCACAAAAAUGGAGGAGCAACUAUAGUUCUUCCUGGAUGCAUCCUAGCACUCAUUUGCCAUAGCUGAACAUUUGUUUCAACAUUAAUUACAAAUACUUUCUUAUCUAAACCUAUACCUUAUAUUACCUGCUUUUAAGAAAUAUUGAUUCCUUAAAUCAAUUACAUUACAGGGAAGAAACGAAUGCACUCCCUUCUGAUCUUUGCUUCAGUGAUUUGUACACCAUCUGAAGUAAUUGUUUUAAAAUGGCAAAUACCUAUGUGACAUAUUUAGUCAACUAUGAUGCACAACAUUGUUCUUGCAGGACUAUUCCAGUUGCUUCUGUGGAUCUGUUCUCCAGUGGAGCUUUAUUGUAUGUUUACAUGUGACAAAUAGAUGCAGGUGUAAUACAUAGAACUGAUGCUCAGUCUUGGAAUGAGUAAAAAAUUGCCCCAAGAAGAGGGUUUACUUUGAAGCUUUGAUGUGCAGCGUACUGAUAUACAGGAUUGAUCUUUCUCUGCAAUACAACCAAAUUGGCCUCUUAGUUUUGUUGAAAAUUGGAUUUGGUGUCCAUGUGAUUACAGGUAAAGUGCCUAUAUCUGAAAAGUACUGCUUGUGCCAGGGAGAGAUUAGGAAUAAUCCUUACAAAACAUAAAAUGUACUAGACGAAGAGGAGAAAACAUUUUUUAAAAUGUUGAGGAUAGCACCAGAGAAUUUGUGAAAUUUCACCAUGACUUGAAGUUUCUGUGUACAGUCUGAACUUCCAUCUGUGUUUACAGUGUUUCAGGCAGAAGGAACUGGCAAAACCUUGGGGCAAAUGAUGCUCCAGGAGAUGAAGAAAAGAUGUGCUUUCUAGAUACAAUUGUGCAAAACCAACAACUCACCCCUAUGUAGAUUUACUGAGAGCUAAGGCUCUCUUAAUCCAGUGGGAUUUACUCCCAAGCAAGUGUUUCUAGGAUUUUAUCCUUAAGCAAAGAGUAAAUACCACAAAUUCAGUGAUCCAUAAUUCUAAGUAAGCCUGCCUAGCUUCACGCUGUAACAUGCGGGACCUUAAUGAAAUAAUUCUGUGUGGUUUAAAAUAAUUGACCUAGCUUGUUACUGCAGUUUUGUUUUGAAUGUCUUCUGCUGUUGCUCUCCCAUAGACAGAUUCUAGAGAAAGCAAGUUCUAAGUCAGCGAUUUUAAAAUAUGUAUUAGCACUUGAACAAUUGCACUUGAUCAGAAGAGCAGGAAGAAGCACCUUAGUGGCCAUGUGGUUCUGUUAUUCAGGCCCUCCUUCUGGUUAGUUUACACGUCCUAUGAUGUGUAACCUAUGGUAAUCUUCAUAGUUCCAGUCCCCCUGUUCCACACUCCCUUCAUUUUGAUGAAGACAUGUUCCCUCAUACCAUGUGUACUUCUGGUCAGUGCUUGUCUUUUUCUUGUAUAAUUCCUUUGUGUUUUAUACAGCCUGUUUCAUUCUUUCUGGAUAAAGCCAUAUUCUGUGGUAUGCAGAUGAAACCAAAACUUUAUGUACAGUUAACAGAACAAACCAAGUUCCUUCAGAAACUAGUUCAAAAUAAAAUGUACUGAG